AUGAUGGCAUAUACGACAUCAUAUGACGGUUCAAACUCUGGGAUCCAAGUUGGGCAGAAUCUUGGUCAUAUCACUAAUCAGUUCCUACAAUCAGAAACAUCAUUGAAUCAAGCGUGCCUGCGGGAUCUGCGGACGACCAAUCCUCACCAUGACAAAGAUCGUAUCCAGAACACCAACGGAGGCCUACUCAAAGACUCGUAUUGCUGGAUUCUAGACAACAAGGAGUUUCAACAAUGGCAAGAUAACGCCAGCAACUCUCUCCUCUGGAUCAGAGGCGAUCCGGGCAAAGGAAAGACAAUGCUCCUCUGCGGUAUCAUCGAUGAGUUAACACGGUUGUUUGGGGACACUGCGAAUAUCUCGUUCUUUUUCUGCCAAGCUACCGACGUGCGAAUCAACAACGCCACAGCUGUUCUUCGUGGCUUAAUAUAUUCGCUUGUUAAGAAGCAGCCAUCUCUUCUCGCCCACGUAAAGAGUCAGUAUGACCACACGGGAAAAGCGUUGUUUGAGGAUAUAAACGCAUGGAAUGCUCUCUCGAGCAUCUUCACAGAUAUAUUGAAGGACGCGACCUUACCGAGCACCUAUUUGAUUAUCGACGCGCUGGACGAAUGCACAAUAGGCCUACCUUCCCUUCUCGACUUGAUAACUCAGGUAUCGUCUGCUUACCCUCAGAUCAAGUGGAUUGUCUCGAGCCGCAACUGGCCCAAUAUCGAAGAGCGUCUUGACACUACCCACACCGCACCGAUCUCAUUAGAGCUUAACGAGGCGUCUGUAUCUGAAGCUGUGAGCAAUUUCAUUCAACACAAGGUUCACUACCUGGCGAAAGUGAAGAAGUAUAGCGAUGAAACUCGUGAUACGAUCUGCCGUCACUUGUCAUCUAACUCGCAAGGAACUUUCCUUUGGGUGGCCUUAGUCUGUCAAGAUCUUGAUAGAACAUCGCGGAGACACGCUCUCAAGAAGGUGGAGGCCUUUCCUCCUGGACUGAAUGCCUUGUACGGUCGGAUGAUCGAUCAGGUUCGCAACUCGGAAGAUGCCGAGUCCUGCAAGCGAAUACUGGCUGUUAUGUCCAUAGUGUAUCGGCCUAUCGUGUUUGACGAACUUGUCUCUCUUAUUGAGCUACCUGAUGAUCUCUCUAGUGACUUUGAAGCUCUAUCAGAGAUUAUCGCGAUUUGUGGUUCGUUUUUGACUGUGCGCGAAGACACUAUCAUUUUCGUCCAUCAGUCUGCAAAAGAUUUUCUACUCAGAGAGGUACUAAAUGAGGUCUUUCCUAAAGGAAAAGAAGCUGGACACUAUGCGGUUUUUUCGCAAUCUCUACAAUCUAUGUUUAAGACACUUCGACGCGAUAUUCUUGACAUCAAGUUUGCUGGAUAUCGGGUUCAAGAACUGAGACAACCCGGUCUAAAUCUAUUAGCAGCUGCACAAUACGCUUGUGUCUAUUGGGUUGACCAUCUUCAGGAUAGUAGGUAUGAUAAAAAUGAUGAUUUUGGUCUUGACGGAGAAUGCGUGGAUGCUUUUCUGCAGCAUGAAUACCUUCACUGGCUCGAAGCCCUUAGCUUGCUAGGAAGCAUAUCUCAAGGCAUAGCAGCAUUGCUUAAGCUUGCUAGGUUAAUUGUGGUGAGUUAUUCUUCAUGUGCCUAG